AUUGCCUCCCGCGUCCUGAUCAUGCGCGUUGGGGCCCCGCCGUUCUGCGCCUGCGCUGUCGUCUGUUCUCCUCAGGGCCGCUGUGGAAGGGCUUCACCAUGGUUGUGGCUAUUCGGCAAAUCGUCACGUACCUCUUCCUGUGGACUCUCUGCGUCCUGAGCAAACCCACCGAGAAGAAGGACCGCGUCCACCACGACCCACAGCUCAGCGACAAAGUCCAUGAUGACGGGCAGAACUUUGACUAUGACCAUGAUGCCUUUCUAGGGGCCGAGGAGGCCAAGACUUUUGACCAGUUGACGCCGGAGGAGAGCAAGGAGAGACUGGGAAAAAUUGUAAGUAAAAUAGAUGACGACAAGGAUGGGUUUGUAACUCCCGAAGAGCUGAAAGACUGGAUUAAGUUUGCCCAAAAGCGCUGGAUUUACGAGGAUGUAGAGCGGCAGUGGAAGGGGCACGACCUCAAUGAGGACGGGCUCAUUUCCUGGCAGGAGUAUAAAAAUGCCACCUACGGCUACAUCUUAGAUGACCCAGACCCAGACGAUGGCUUCAAUUAUAAACAGAUGAUGACGAGAGACGAGCGGAGGUUCAAGAUGGCUGACAAGGACGGUGACCUGAUUGCCACUAAGGAUGAGUUCACGGCCUUCCUGCAUCCUGAGGAAUACGACUACAUGAAGGAUAUUGUGGUGCAGGAAACUAUGGAAGACAUUGACAAGAACGCGGAUGGCUUUAUUGACUUGGAAGAAUACAUAGGGGACAUGUACAGCCACGACGGCGACGCCGAAGAACCCGAGUGGGUGAAGACGGAGCGAGAGCAGUUUGUGGAGUUCAGGGACAAGAACCGCGACGGGAAGAUGGACAAAGAGGAGACCAAAGACUGGAUCCUGCCCUCGGACUACGACCACGCCGAGGCCGAAGCACGGCACCUGGUGUACGAGUCGGAUCAGAACAAGGACGGCAAGCUGACCAAAGAAGAGAUUGUGGACAAAUACGAUUUGUUUGUGGGCAGCCAGGCGACGGACUUUGGGGAAGCGCUAGUACGACACGACGAAUUCUAAAGCCCUCUUUUUCUCCUUCUUAUGGGGAAAAAAACCCACGUAAUUAUUAUUUUUUUACUGUUUUCUGGAGUAACACAUGGAGAAACUCCUCUCACUUCUACAGAGACAGUUUCCGGCAACUAUACAGAGGAAACAACAGCAACAACAAUAACAACAAAUCCCUCCAGCCUUUGCAUAGGGAUUUGGUCCAAGAAAAGAAAGAAUCACAAACCCCACUUUUCAGCUUUGCCACACGUUGGGGGUGUAUUUUUUUUUUGUUUUAUAGAUUUGCAUGUUGUUUCUAUGUCUUUAACAAGUUCGGUUUAUUUUUGUAUCUUUUUUUUUUGGUGCCACGUGUGAUGUGAUGGAGGACGAAUGAAUGAACGAAUGCCUUCCCUGAAACGUGGUUAGCCUUAGGACAACACUAGCUCCUUCCUUGUUUGUGUCACCUUUCCCUUCGAGCUGCAAAAACGUGAUCGCGAAAUGCCAUCGAACAAGGAGAGCGCCAGCGGGGAAACAAAACAACAGCUAUGCUUAUGCUUGGGAUUUUUGUUUUCCUUCCUUCGACAACCUUCAUUGCUGAAGCUGUCAGCCUUCAUUUCCCUUGAGGCAGGCAUGGGCGAACUUGGGUCUUAUUUCCAAGUGUUUUGGACUUGUAUAACAGACCGGUAAACUGUUAGAAAUUGUGGAAAUUGAUGUCCAAAACACCUGGAAGGCCGAAGUUGGUCCAUGUCUGCCUUAACAUCAUGCAGCUCUUCCUUUGUGUCCAUCUUGGUUGACUAAGCAGCAGUAAUUCAGUGUUAAAUGCCUUUUUUAAAGCAGUAUUUCUGAUAUUCUGGUGGAUUUCUUUGAUUAGUCUAUCAGGGAAGGCCUCUUCCUCAACCCAAUCUGCUCCUUCUCUUGCUCUUUUGUUCAAAAUGCAGUUUGGUCACACUUUUUGUCUUCAGAAUAACAUCAGUUGCUGUUUGUCUUGCUCUUUUGGUCACAAGAGUGCAAUUUGGUCUCACUAUUUGGCUUCAGAAUAUCAUCAGUUUCUGUUUCUCUUGCUCUUUGGCUGAAAGCGUGCAAUGUGGUCCCAUUGUUUGGCUUCAGAAUAUCAUCAGUUUCUGUUUCUCUUGCUCUUUGGGUCAAAUAGUGCAAUUUGGUCCCAUUGUUUGGCUUCAGAAUAUCAUCAGUUUCUGUUUCUCUUGCUCUUUUGGUCACAAGAGUGCAAUUUGGUCUCACUAUUUGGCUUCAGAAUAUCAUCAGUUUCUGUUUCUCUUGCUCUUUGGGUCAAAGAGUGCAAUGUGGUCACAUUGUUUGGCUUCAGAAUAUCAUCAGUUUCUGUUUCUCUUGCUCUUUGGGUCAAAUAGUGCAAUGUGGUCACAUUGUUUGGCUUCAGAAUAUCAUCAGUUUCUGUUUCUCUUGCUCUUUGGGUCAAAGAGUGCAAUGUGGUCACAUUGUUUGGCUUCAGAAUAUCAUCAGUUUCUGUUUCUCUUGCUCUUUGGGUCAAAUAGUGCAAUGUGGUCACAUUGUUUGGCUUCAGAAUAUCAUCAGUUUCUGUUUCUCUUGCUCUUUGGCUGAAAGCGUGCAAUUUGGUCACAUUGUUUGGCUUCAGAAUAACAUCAGUUGCUGUUUGUUUUGCUCUUUUGGUCACAAGAGUGCAAUGUGGUCUCACUAUCUGGCUUCAGAAUAUCAUCAGUUUCUGUUUCUCUUGCUCUUUGGGUCAAAGAGUGCAAUGUGGUCACAUUGUUUGGCUUCAGAAUAUCAUCAGUUUCUGUUUCUCUUGCUCUUUUGGUCACAAGAGUGCAAUUUGGUCUCACUAUUUGGCUUCAGAAUAUCAUCAGUUUCUGUUUCUCUUGCUCUUUGGGUCAAAGAGUGCAAUGUGGUCACAUUGUUUGGCUUCAGAAUAUCAUCAGUUUCUGUUUCUCUUGCUCUUUGGGUCAAAUAGUGCAAUGUGGUCACAUUGUUUGGCUUCAGAAUAUCAUCAGUUUCUGUUUCUCUUGCUCUUUGGGUCAAAGAGUGCAAUGUGGUCACAUUGUUUGGCUUCAGAAUAUCAUCAGUUUCUGUUUCUCUUGCUCUUUGGGUCAAAUAGUGCAAUGUGGUCACAUUGUUUGGCUUCAGAAUAUCAUCAGUUUCUGUUUCUCUUGCUCUUUGGCUGAAAGCGUGCAAUUUGGUCACAUUGUUUGGCUUCAGAAUAACAUCAGUUGCUGUUUGUUUUGCUCUUUUGGUCACAAGAGUGCAAUGUGGUCUCACUAUCUGGCUUCAGAAUAUCAUCAGUUUCUGUUUCUCUUGCUCUUUGGGUCAAAUAGUGCAAUGUGGUCCCAUUGUUUGGCUUCAGAAUAUCAUCAGUUUCUGUUUCUCUUGCUCUUUGGCUGAAAGUGUGCAAUUUGGUCCCAUUGUUUGGCUUCAGAAUAACAUCAGUUGCUGUUUGUUUUGCUCUUUUGGUCACAAGAGUGCAAUGUGGUCUCACUAUCUGGCUUCAGAAUAACAUCAGUUUCUGUUUCUCUUGCUCUUUGGGUCAAAUAGUGCAAUGUGGUCCCAUUGUUUGGCUUCAGAAUAUCAUCAGUUUCUGUUUCUCUUGCUCUUUGGGUCAAAUAGUGCAAUGUGGUCACAUUGUUUGGCUUCAGAAUAUCAUCAGUUUCUGUUUCUCUUGCUCUUUGGCUGAAAGCGUGCAAUUUGGUCACAUUGUUUGGCUUCAGAAUAACAUCGGUUGCUGUUUGUUUUGGUCUUUCGGUCACAGAAUGCAAUGCAGUCUCACUAUUUGGCUUCAGACUAACAUCGGUUGCUGUUUGUCUUGCUCUUUUGGUCACAAGAGUGCAAUUUGGUCCCAUUGUUUGGCUUCAGAAUAUCAUCAGUUUCUGUUUCUCUUGCUCUUUGGGUCAAAGAGUGCAAUUUGGUCACAUUGUUUGGCUUCAGAAUAACAUCAUUUUCUGUUUCUCUUUCCUUCCAUUUUACCUGCACUUGUCCUCCUUGAUGUGGAGGAAAGAAAAGGAGUGAAGCCAAGUUGGCAGGUUAUUAGUUUUUGGAAACUCACCUGCAUAAAGAAUUACAAUAUAAUUCCUGCUUUUGUGUCCUUUAAGGGGCUUCUGCAUGUAAACAAGUUCUGAACACUAAAUCCUUUCGAUCCUAAAACUGUUAACAAUCAUGAGUUAGUAAAGUUUCCUUGUUCUUGAGUGAACCAAAGGCAGGAAAAUUCAAAAAAGGGGUGCUUUUGUUAACACUAAAGCAGGUACGAGCAAAUUUGGGCCCUCCCGGUGUUUUGGACUCCAACUCCCACAAUUCCUAACAGCCUACCGGCUGUUAGGAAUUGUGGGAGUUGGAGUCCAAAACACCGGGAGGGCCCAAAUUUGCUCGUACCUGCCUUAAAAGUACUGUCGUCCCCAAACACUUCAGGGCCUGCCCUUUUUCAGCAGGUUCCCUUUGUUUUUUCGUUUUUUUGUAGAGCGUAAAUGGGAGUUUUAUAUAAUGUACAACAUAACAGAUAAGAAUGGUGUCUUAAUAAAACUGUUUACAUCCCGUA